UCUGAUCUCAGUUCAUUGGUCUACACUCCUUCGAGUCCGAUGUAACCCCGUGCCCCUCUGAAACCGGACUAAGGCGCAGCUGAUGAGAGUGGAACUUCCAGGUCGGCGCAAUUUCCCCGAAGACAGGGCCCCUGACGCGUAAUGCCUGAUAGGAGGGACGACUCAAUCAUUCGAAAUCUCUUCCAGGUCCAAAUCCGGAGAGAAGCCAUCACAUCUCGUAGUCUCCCGCCACCGCCCCGUCACUGCUUCAGCGAUCCAGCGAUCAAUUCCAGCAAGCAUUUUUCACUGCGGCCAUUUGAACUCGCAAUCGGCCAGUUGGCGGUGAUGGCGGAUCGCACAGCUCUCGUCACCGGCGCGAGUGGCUACAUCGCCUUGCACGUCGUCAAGUCUCUCCUCGACGCAGGCUGGACAGUGCACGCCACGGUCCGCUCUCUUCAGAAUGAAGAGAAGAUCGGUCCCCUCAGGACACUGUCGGAGCAUCAUCCCAGCAAGCUGCGACUCUUCGAAGCCGACCUGUUAAUCGAAGGGUCGUUCCUCGAGCCGAUGCAGGGCUGUUCCGUUGUGCUCCAUGUUGCUUCACCGUUUCUGGUUCCUGAAAAAGUCAAGAAUGCCGAACAUGACCUGGUGCGGCCAGCGGUGGAUGGCACUCGGAAUGUCCUCGACUGCGUGAACAAGACUGAGGGCGUAAAAAGGGUCGUGUUGACGUCUUCAGUCGCAGCCAUGUACGGGGACAAUGUUGAGGUUUUGCAAAUGGAGAACCAAACGCUGCACGAGCGAUACUGGAACGUAACCAGCACCGCUCAUCACAACGCAUACCAAUACUCCAAAACCCUGGCUGAAAAGCAGGCGUGGAAGAUGGUCGAAGGCCAGAGUCGCUGGGAGCUCGUGGUGCUCUGCCCGGGGCUUGUCCUUGGCCCUUCGCUCAGCCCAGCUUCCGAUUCUGGCAGUCUCGCCAUCAUUGACCAGCUCCUGAGCGGCAUCAUGCUGGUGGGGGUGCCCGACCUAGCCUUUGCGCUUGUGGAUGUGCGAGACGUGGCGACCGCGCACCUCAAGGCGGCCGAGACACCACAGGCCAAGGGGAGAUACAUUAUAUCCGAAAACAGGACGACUCCCUUGGUGGAAAUAUCCAAGUGCUUGAAGCAGUUUCAUGAUAAGCCGGCGCUUCUGCCGUCAUGGAACAUGCCUCACCUGUUGUUCCGGCUUCUAGGGCCGCUUAUGGGACUGUCUCAGAAAUGGUUGUCGGCGAAUCUGGGCAUUCGGUUUGCCGUGGAUAACAGGAGGGCAAUGGAGGAGUUGGGCCUGACGUACCGUCCUGCGGAGGAAACACUCCGGGAGCAUUACCAGGCAUGGAAAGCCCAGCAUUAGGAAAGGUCGGUGUCAGUCUCAUUCGGCGGCCAAGUAGG